CACGAUUGUAAUCACUUUUUGUUUUAAACGGCUUUUUCUACUAUAAAUUGGAAUUAGUUCAGAUGUCAGGUUCAGCUGCAGUCAUGGCCAAACGCAGGAUAACACAGGACACAUUUGAUGCUGUGGUAGGAGAAAACAUUGAAGAGUUUGACAUGGACGCCAGUGAAGCAUUGAAAGAGGCGAUCGAGCAGUUUGAGUCUCAAGGUGUGGACCUCAGUUACAUUGUUAAAGCAAUUCCAAAGAUUUCUUCUGAAGAAAGCGAGGAGGAUCAAACUCAUGAGGUUCUACAGGCGUUAGAGUCACUUAAAACCGCAGUGGCGUUAUCAUCCGCAUCAGUGCAGGAGGAUCUGAAGUUCUUCACCGAGCAGUGCUCUCUCAGCUUCGCUCAGCGUUACCUGGCAGCACAAAAGGGAGCGUAUCCCACGAUCCUCGCAUGUUGUCAGAGAGCUGGGGAAAGGAAGGAAGUGCUCUCUGUCGCUCUUGAAGCCCUCUCAGCGCUAACAGAUGGCCAGCCUGAUCUUCUGGACGUCGACGGACAGGAGUUUUUGAUCGGCACUUUAGACACGCACAAGAUGGACCCCGCUCUCACCUGUCUGUGCAUUCGCGUCGUUCGACACUGCUGUCUGAAACAUGAGAACAACAGACAGGAUUUGGUGAAGGCGGGUGUGUUGGCACUGCUGGCCGGAAGCAUCACACGUCACAUUGAACAUGACGAGGUGGUGAGGGAAGCGUGUGGGGGGCUGAGGGUCAUGACAUUUGACGACGAUGUGCGUGUCCCUUUUGGUAAUGCCCACGAACAUGCCAAGAUGAUCGUGUUAGAGCACAAUGGACUGAAGGUCAUUGUUGAAGCUGCUGAAGCUCAUCCAGAUAAGACUUCGGUGCUCAGUGAACUGUGCGCCACUCUGUCCCGGCUGGCCGUGAGAAAUGAGUUUUGUCAAGACAUCGUUGACAUGGGAGGCCUGAAAUUCAUGAUGACGCUGAUGGCAGACAGUUUAGAUUGUCAGGAGCUUGUGAAGCAGGUGCUCGGUGCACUGAAAGCCAUCGCAGGAAAUGACGAUGUCAAAGAUGCUUGUGUGAAUGCUGGUGGGGCGGAACUCAUCGUCAUGGCAAUGAACCGCCACGCUGCGAAUCUGCAGGUGUCUGAACAGGGAUGUGCGUCGCUGUGUGUUCUCGCUCUUCGCAAACCCAACAACUGUAAGGUCAUCAUGGAUUGUGGUGGAGCGCUUGCUGCCCUUCAGGCCAUGAAGAAUCACCCAGAUGAGGUCAACGUGCAGAAACAGGCCUGCAUGCUCCUGAGGAACCUGGUGGCCCGCACACGUGACUACAGUCAGCCCAUACUGGAGAUGGGAGCAGAGGCGCUCAUAUCUCAGGCUCUGGCCGCUCACAGGGACUGCGGGGAUGUGGGCAGAGCUGCUCUGAGAGAUCUCGGCUGCCAGGUGGAGCUGCGAGAACUGUGGACGGGCAAGAAGGGAAGCCUGAGCCAUUGAAAGAAAUGUGUCGCUGCUUCAUUCAAACGUUGGCAACGUAAUCUCGUGUCAGCAUGAGGUAAUACUCAUUUUAUGCAGUUACCUGUAGUUCUGCAAUACAAGAUGUCAGGCCACAUGUCUCGCAAGUAACACAGUAAAUAGGCUUUUUUUAAUUUUCUUUAUAAGUGUGAAAAAUUCUGUUAUUUAUAGUGGGUGGGUUUGGUUUCAGUCAAUCAUGAAUGACACUGUGCUGAUGUUCAUGGGAAGAAUCAAGUCUACUUAAUUCAGAAAUGCUGAAUGUGGCUGGAGUGUCACACUGUGGUCAUUUAUCUCUUAAUAACAAAUGUAAUGUGAAGAAUGUCAAGAACUUCGUCCUCUCUGCUGUAGGUCUUCACCAUCUGGACAUUCACAACUGUGAAUUUAAGUUUUUUUUACAUUUACUUUCUUACAUUACAAAUGGUUGAUUUACUAGCACUUCACAUUCAUGCACACAACAUCAAGGCAAGGUGAGCCGCAUGAGCCUCAGAUUUAUUGUCAGUUGUAUGUGUUGGCAAUUUUUUGAAGCUCUAAUAAAAAGCGGACUGUCAUAAACCCA